CUUGGGGGUUUAUUAUGAGCAAAUCCUUAGCUCUGGCUCUUUCCUAGUCGAGGAUUUCCGACGACCUGUGAAACCCUAACCAUGGCGAAUCCGAGAUCGGGAAUUCUCAACCUCUUCCUCCUCGCGGCGGUCCUCAUCGUCGCGUCCUCGGUGGCGUUGGCAAGCUCCGAUGCCCCCUUUUUGGUCGCGCAUAAGAAGGUGAGCCUCACGCGGCUCAAAAGUGGCGUGGAGCGCGUCUCCGUCUCGAUCGACCUCUACAACGAAGGAUCCUCGACUGCAUAUGAUGUGACUAUGAACGAUGAUAGUUGGUCCCAAGAUAUGUUUGAUCUCGUCUCUGGCAGAACAUCAAAGACAUGGGAAAAACUUGAUGGUGGUUCUUCUGCCUCUCACUCCUUUGUACUGGAGUCUAAAACAAAGGGCAUGUUCCAUGGUUCUCCUGCUGUCAUCAAAUUUCGUGUUCCCACAAAGGCUGCAUUAUGGGAAGCUUAUUCUACCCCCAUUCUGCCAAUAGACGUUCUUGCUGAUAAGCCUCCCGAAAAGAAGUUUGAAUGGGUGAGUAAUCCACAUGCCAUUUUGUUCCAUUAACAUUUGCUUAUUCUUUUUCGUUACCAUUUGAUACUCAAAUUGCACUUUCAUGUGCCGGCAUUCUCUGCAAAAACUGGCAUGCUGUGGUUCAACUUUCCUUAGGCAAAGAGGCUGUUAGCUAAAUAUGGAUCAUUGGUGUCUGUUCUGACACUGGUCGGAUUGUUCAUCUAUGUGAUUGCAACUCCAUCGAAGUCGAGCAAGAAGAGGCGGUAAUUCGGAUCAUCGCCAAGUAGAUGUUUGUUUGAGAAUACCUCUGAGGAUUACAGGCUUUUUCUUCUCAUCAUCAUACUAUACUCAGAAUGUUGCCUCACUGCUCGGGCUAAUAGGGAACUUUAAUGGUCAACUCUUUUUCUUAUUGGCUAUUAUAUUUGUAGUGUUCCUACAAUGAGUAUGUUUUAAAUUUGAUGAAACAGAGUAUAAACAAUUUCCUAUAA